AUGGACCCCCGCGCGCCGGCCUGGGCGCUCGUCCUGCUGGGCCCCGCGCUGGCGCUCGCCCUGGGCCCCGCACCCGGCCCCGCAGCGCCCGAGAAGCUGUGCGGCCGCCCCUUGGUGCGCGCGCUCGUGCGGGUGUGCGGGGGCCCGCGCUGGUCGCCCGAGCCCCGGCGGCCCGCGGCCCGCGGCGACCGUGAGCUGCUGCAGUGGCUGGAGGGACAGCAUCUCCUGCAGGGGCUGGGGGCCGACCGGGAUGCCGGCUGGGAGCCCCUGCCCCAGGCCUCUCCCCAUCCCCGCCGCCGCAGGGCAGCCACCAGCAACCCCGCCCACAGCUGCUGCCUCAGUGGCUGUACUUGGCAGGACCUGCUGACACUCUGUCCCCAAUGACCCCUCCCAGGCCCGGCCUCCGGGGUCCCCAAGGUCCAGGCAAGCUCCUGAGGCCACAGAGCACCCAUAGAGCCCCCUGCCUGGUGGGGGGCAUUGUUGAUUACCUCCAGGAAUGGGGAGCUCACCACCUCCCCCAGGUGACCAGUGCCCCUUGUCCUCUGUCGGGGGUGGGGGGGUGAGUGGCACCCUCCAACCUGGCCUGGAGGGUCCUCGGUUUUACAAAGUGCCAGAACAGCGAGGGCCAAAUGCAGAGCCUUGAACACCACCCCACCCCCUGCUUACCUGGCACCCCUUCUUGCUCUCUCCCUAGCAGCAAAUAAACAACCCUCCUGCAGAAUCCAAAA